AUGGACUUUGCCAAGCCGGUGGACUGGGACGCACGCUACAAGCGUGGCUGGGCUUAUGGCAAGGAGCCCAGCGUUUUCGUCGUCGAAGCUGUGACGCGCUACUUGCUGCCAACGGAUGGCGGCGAGCCGCCGAGCGAGCCGCCGAGCGAGCCCCUGAGAGGCCUGCACGUCUUGGACCUGGGUGCGGGCCAGGGACGCAACGGCGUGCACCUCGCUGGCCUGGGCGCGACCGUGACUGCCGUCGACUCCUCCGCCGUCGGGCUGCGCAAGGCGGCUCUGCUCGCGUCGCAGCGAGGCGUGCCAGCCUCGCGCCUCCAGACACGGCUCGCCGACCUGGACGCGUACCGGCCUGGCCCCUCGUCAUGCGACGUCAUCCUCUGCAUCUUCUGCGCGCUGCCGCUCGAGCCCCGCGCGCGGCUCCUCGCGCGCUGCGCCGCCGCCCUCCGCCCCGGAGGCCUCCUACUCGUGGAGUGCUACGCGCCCAGGCAGGCUGUCCUGCGCGGUGCGCGCGCGGCGGGGCCACCGGUCGAUCGGCUGGUGGGUGCGGCGACGCUGUCCGCUGAGGUGGGCGGGCUGGAGCUGCUCGAGGCGGCAGAGACGGAGAGCUCGCUCGACGAGGGGCGCUUCCACGCUGGCCUCGCUGCGGUCGCGCGUGUCGUCGCGCGUAAGCCAGAGCACGCGGCCGCCGUCGCUCGAGAAGCGCAGCGGUGGCGGCGAAGCGCGGAGGCGCAGCGGCGGGCGUGGCGGCGGGGCAUCGACGCGGUGUUUGACGAGUUCGACGGCGACGCCGCGGAGGAGGCCCUGGCGUGCGUGGCAAGUCGCUCGGCAAGCGGCUUCGCGCGCCUAUCCGCGGCUGCCAGUGCCACCGACUCGCCGCUCGACCCUCUCCUCCUGUCCGCACGCGCGCUGCUAAGCGUCAGCUGCCGCGUGGCCGCGCGCGACGGCGUUUGCCGCUACUGCUGGAUGCCGCCCGGCUGCUGCGUCUGCGCCCGCCUCGCUUCCGAGGAGGCCCCUCGCCGGUCGAGGCGACGUCUCCGGCUGCGGUGGGCCAUCGUGAGCCACCCGUGCGAGCUGCUGCGCUCCACGUCGUCGGCGCGGCUCGCUUCGGUGCUGGCCGGCGGAGGCGACGAGGCGGAGCUUCUCGCCUAUGGCGCCGAGGCGCACGAGGCGCGGCUCGAGGAGCUGCUCCGUUGCGAGGGAAGCACGCGCAUGCUCUUCCCGGGAGCCGACGCGGAGAGCGAGGGCGUGGCCGAGGCGGUCGCCGCCGCCGUCGCCGCCGCCCGAGGUGCGAAGCGCGCAGCGCUCGGCGAAAACGAGCGCGCGCCCUCGCCGACGAGCUGUGGCGUAGCUCCGCCGGCCGACUCCGGUGCGUGA